AGGGAACUUGCUCCCCAGUUGUAAACAUUCCCUCACGUGACUGUAGAUAAUCCUGUAUAUUUUUUUUUUUUUCUUUAUGGACCCUCAUUCUGGAUGGCUGAAUUCAAGUCGUGUGUGUGACAAGCUGUCAGUUUUUAAGCGCUGCUCUCUUUUUCUAAAGCAGUCUUGAAAAAUACUAUUUGGAGGCUUCUGUCAUCUGCUACUUUCACUUCCAUUCUUAUGGCAAUACUUAGAGAUGCAGAACUUAUUGUUUGUAUAUAGAUUUUAGUAAUGACAAGUGAGUUUCAAGUGUGGUUGCCAAGUGUGUGAGGACAAAUGAAACUGAAUCUCAAAGCCCAGCAGAGAAGAUGACAAGAAAGAAGAUGACAAGAAGAGGCUGGAUUUGUUGUCACAGACGGAGGGCUGUACACAUAUUUAUAUAUCUGUAUUUAACAUGGUAAUCAUCACAAGCUUGGAUGAAUGUUGUCCAAGUCAGGUCAUUGGUUCAUGUUUGUUUACUAACAUUUGACCUGUGUUGAAAUCUUGGGUCACUCAGCUCCCACUGAAAUAUGUAAUUCCCUUAAGCAAGAUUUAACUUAAAAAUUACUUGCUAAAUGUGUAGAUAAAAUGCCUGUACACUGUGGAUGCUUGUUAGCAAGGUGAUCUCUAAUUUUGGAGCCUUCACCUACAUUGAGGGCCUUUCUAGUUAAUAUAAAAAUUUCUUGGUUUUGUGCACUUAGUGCGUAAGCACCCUUUCUGCCAGCUGGACGUCGCUGUUUUGGAUGAUGAUUGUCUUUACACAACUUCUUAAAAGGCUGUUAAUUGUAUUUCAUUUUUAAUGACUCAUGAAAUCAGGGAUGUCUUUGGAUGAAGUUCUGUAUCACUUCAGCACUACAAUUAAUGAAAACAGAAAAUGUGUAGCUUAGCUUUCAGAAGGUUGUAGAAUGGGUUCAUAGACAGAAGUCUCAGCUGCUUAAGUAGUAUAAGAAUAAAUUUAUUACAAAACAAGGAAAUACAGCUUUCUUAAAAAAAUAGUGGAGUAAUUUGGAAGGGGAAAGGAGGAAAAUGAAGGGAAAAAGAAGCAGGGUGACAGGUCUAGUUGCUGAUUUUGAACUCUGUGUAGUGGUGGAAAAGAAAAUUAAUCUGAGUCUGAUACCGUUUGUAAACUAAUACUUUUAUAUGUUAUCUGGCAAGAGUAUUGUGAGGGUUUAAGUUACACUGUGGGAGAUGUUGAGAUAGAUAGGGGGGCUGUGUGAGAAACAGCCACCCAUCUGUGUGUCUCUGCUCUCUGUAAACAUGAAACAAAGUACCCUGGAUUAGUGUUUGAGUGCACGCAUGUGACAUAAACAAAUUUAAAUACCAGUAUCCCAGUGCUGGCCUUACCUAGGAAAAAUUCCAGUUUGCAAUAGGAAAUGAUACUACUGCAACCUGCAAUACAAAAUUACACAGCUGCAACUUGCACAAGGGUGUUUUCGUCCUGCAAGGCAGCCUCUUGUUGGUGCGUGCUGUCCCCUGCAUCUGGGCGCAGCUUCCAUUGCUUUGCCAAAACCUCUUCUGUCAUUGGACUGUAUUAAGUUCCUUUCACAGUUCACUACAGUAGCUAGAUGGUUCUGAAGAGCACAGUAUGCUGUUCGAGUUCAGUUUCUCUCCACACUUGGCUACAUGUGGUGGUUUCAAUUCUGCAUGUAGGCAGAGGCCAGGCCCUGUUUACUUGGACAGUUGCAGAAGUUGGUGGCAGACGUUGAAUUUCUGACCUCCUAAGAGAGUGACCUCGUAUUUAUCUUCGGAUGCGCCCUCUCCUGUGGGCAGGGAAACUGAGAAGACGAGAAGAGGAAGUUGAAGCCCAGUUCCUUAGAUGCCAUGAUGAAGUUUCAGCCUGGUUCCAGGAUGUGAAUGCAGUAGAUGGUGCUGAAGCAACACUGAGGCUCCUCCUGUGAAAUACCCACAGUCCAGUGUGUAUAGAGAAAGUGCUUGCUGGCUCUCCCAAGUGUUGAUGGUCCUGUGUCUUCAAGUGAUGCAUUCCAGGACAAGAAAACAGUGACUCAUUUGGUUUUGUGAAUAACCAAGAUCCCUGUCUACUACUUCUGAAAAUUCUGCGGGUAGCAUGAUGGAAUUGGUGGGAUUCAGUAGUGUCACUUUCUGGAGCUUAAGUAUACCCUACAGGAUUCAGAGUCCCUACAAUAAGGAGAGAAGAGUCUUUAUCCACAGCAAGUACCUUCUGAUUUGGUCUUGUAAGUAAAUGUUAUGUUUUUAGCUUGGAGGAAGAAAAAGGAAAGGGAGAGCAUGAAAUGAUUCCAAGUUGAAAUUAGUUUAUCUGUUUUGCAGGAUAGGAAAAAGCAAAAUUUUUGUGUUAGGAUUUUUAGAAAAUUCAUGAUAAUGUGUGGCAUUUUAAGUCUGUCUUGCUAGCAGUCAUUUUGUAAUUUUUUUCCUAGCUUUUACUACUGUGAACAGUAACAUAAAGUUUAAUGCAAGGUGACUAGUUUUGUAAUGCUUCAGAUAGGCCCUUACAAAUUCAUUGAAUUCAGCAAUCAAAACUGAGGUCAGAGGUAGCUGUAGCCUGCUAGGUAUUUUGGCCGAAGUCUACCAGGUGGUAGUUAAGUGUAGUGGUUACUUUGAAAGUGUUAGACACUCUAGUAACCUUACAGUAUCUUAGUAGUUUCUUAAGAAAGCAUACACAAAAUCUACAUUGUUUUGACUGUUACAGUACUGACUGUAGAAUUUAAUUUUCUAAAUUUUUUAAUGUGUAUCAUUGCAAGAAUAUACAUUUCCUUACGCUUUGUAUUCUGAAAAAAUGUUUUCUGUUACCAGUUGAUAUGUUAGAUUCUGCUGUGACUUUAGGUUACUUUCAGCUCUGUAAGGUGACAUAAAUAAGUAGGAUUUUAGUCCUUGUGUUAGUAGGCAGAUUUUUCAGCCUUACGUCUUUGAUUAUAUUUAUUUAUGCAUUUAUUUUAAUGUUUGAGGUCUUUUGGACUCAGGACUUCAGUCCAUGCCAUAAUGCCAUAUCCAGAAGUAAUAAAUGGGAUACAGAAGAUUAAUAGUGAUUUGAAAAAUCUGAAGGUCUUGAGUAUAAACCUACCUAAGUUCUAAAAAUGGGAAGAAUUUUUUUGGAUCAUAUUGGUGGCACUCGCCUGUUCUCCUGUGCAAACUGUGACACAAUCCUGACCAACCGCUCCGAGCUCAUCUCCACUCGCUUUACAGGGGCCACAGGAAGGGCCUUUCUUUUUAACAAGGUGGUAAAUCUGCAGUACAGUGAAGUUCAGGACCGGGUCAUGCUCACUGGCCGCCACAUGGUCCGGGAUGUGAGCUGCAAGAACUGCAACAGCAAACUGGGCUGGAUCUAUGAGUUUGCCACUGAAGACAGCCAGCGCUACAAGGAAGGCCGAGUUAUCCUGGAGAGAGCCUUGGUCCGGGAGAGCGAAGGCUUCGAGGAGCAUGUUCCAUCCGACAAUUCCUGAAGAGGCUCCAGUCUCUUCUCAGGUUCUCUUCAAUUGAAACUCAAACAUAAUAAAAUCAACAAAAAAAUCUGCUUACAUACACUGUCACCUUAGCAUCAGAGUCGGAUUCAUGGACUACAAAGUGGGAAAGAUUGUGACAAUAUUUCAGAUGGAACCUUCCUUUCUUUAUUCCUUUUAUAUUUUACUUUCCCUCCAGCAGCUGUUUGUAGGAAGAAUAUUGUGCAGAUGCUGUAACUUUUUGUCUCUUUCAUUUACAUCUGUUAGAUUUGGGAUUGUAUCUUCAGGUACAGUGGGCUAAAAGGAAAAUAUUUGCAGGAUUUGUCUUUUGUUGGAGAGAAAUUCAAUGAGGUGGGGUUUUUUUGCUUUUUUUUUGUUUUUUUCUGUUUUUUUUUUUAGUUUGCACAAACUGAUGUCAGUAUCAAGUUAUUUUAGAACUACAGAUUUUUUUUUAAAGUAUAUUCCAACUUUGGACUUAAGUUUUUAGUUAGGUUUUUUGGGCUUUUUUAACCCAGCCUUUUCACCUGGUUUGCUAGCUAAAGUGAAGUGAUCCGAAUUUGUGCUGAGUGCUAAAGGUUCAGUGUUGGUACAGCUUGGGCUGGCCCAUGUGCCAUAUUCUUGUUGAGGUUGAUUGGUAGCACAGAGCCCAUUAUUUCUUGUCAUUUUUGACCCAAAGAUGUCACCAUUCCUUGUUUAUUCAUGAAGUCCCAUUCACCCAUAAACUGGUGUUGAUUGGAAACUAUCCUUGAAAUAGGGCAAAACUGCUUGGCUUUUUUAAACUUUAACAGAUGUAACUUAUGAGCAUAGUAAUAAUAUAAAGUAAUAGCUGUCUGUUUAGUCUUGCAUUGCUUACAAAUCCAGCUGUGUUUGUAAUGAUAGGGAUCCACUGAGAAACUACAGUUUCAGUAGUCUUAUUUUUUUCGUUUCUCUACUAAUCUCAUUAAGUUAGACAGGGAAUUGCAAAUCUUAAUUCUUCUUCAAGUAGCUUUCUUUAAACCCAGAACUUCCUAUGUUAAACACAGCUGCUUUGUAAAAGGAGAAGAUUGCCAGCAUGUUUGUUCAUGCAUAGAGUUAUGCAAUCUGCAUCUCUUGAAAAAAUGAACUUAAACAGCUUGUUUUCAAAUGCUGCUUCUGGUUUGAAACCUUUGUCUUUCAACUUUGUUGAACCUUUUCAUUGUGAUGUUACGUUUUAUCUUUCUGGGCAGCAGUACAUGUCAGCCUAGUAGUAACUAGUGACUUGGAUUCCUGCUUUGUUCUUGUGGAGGUCAGCUCUGUUUAAAACAGUGAUCUUGCUUGCCUUUUUUAGCUAAAAUGCUCUUCAUUAACUUAACUCAAGGGUGCCCAAACAUUUUCAUUGUGUCUUAAGCCAUAAAUUAGGAUCUCAAGGGCUGAAAUUUAUUUGAAUGUUAGAUAUGUAUGAUUUCUUACCUAAGAUAUGAGUUGGUUGUGGGUUUUUUUUUCUUAUUGGAUAAAUUGUGGUCAGUGUGAAGUAAGUUAACCCGCAGAUGUAGGAAAAGGGGGGGAACCCCAUCCAGCCAAACAGAUCUGGCUUCUGACCUUUCAGAAUAACUUCUCUAGCCACAGCUCCAUAUGUGAAACUAAGAUAUGGAAGGUGACUAUGCAGAGUAUUUUUCUUAAUUUUUUUUGGUUGCCAAGUGGCAAGUUGGACACCCCUGACUUGAAUCUACUGCCUCUUUCAUGUAAAGGUAGCUUUGUUCUAGAAAUGUCAAAUAAAAAGAAAACAGAGUAGAUCACAUACCAGAGCUGUGCUUGAAUCAAGCUGCUUAAACAAUAGUGUACUUGUGCCUCAAAUGAAUCAGUUUUUGCACUGAGUACAGUAGUACCCCAUUAUCUUGUACUUCUGUCCUUCACAGAGCCCAGCCUGGAAGCGCCGUUAGCAUGGUUCUCUGCAGUACUUUUCUUGUACUUCUGACAAUACAGUACAAUAAAGUAUGUUUUGUCCUGAACUGA